AUGGGUCGUGUGAUAGGUUCUGUUGAAUCUACCUGUUCUUACCACCACUGGUCUGGUGGAACGCAAGGAGAUCUUCAAUAUGGACAAGGAAGGCGAACGGAGGCCGCCCAGGCGGUUGAGUCGCAACACCACGAUGUUGAACAGUUAGAAGUGUCCGCUUUCUCCAGAGUCAAGGCCUUCUACUCGUAUGGAUGGACUCAGAUCGUACUCAUCAGUCUGAUCUGUUUCUGCUGUCCUGGCAUGUACAACGCCCUGACCGGAUUGGGAGGCUCUGGUCAAGUUGACCCGACCGUCGCUGCCAAUGCCACCGUUGCCUUACUCUCCGCUACCGCUAGGACGGCCUUGUUUAUCGUGGGGCUUCUUUUCUCAUACACCGGUUCUCGGAUUUGUUUCUUGCUCGGAGGAUGGACCUAUGCGUUGUACAGUGGCAGCUUGCUCAACUUCAACCACCAUGACAACGGCGCCUUUGUGAUUGCCUCUGGUGCGGUUCUCGGCGUUGGUGCUUCCAUGCUCUGGGUCGUCCACGGUGCCAUCAUGACCACGUACGUGGCGGAAUCGCAGAAAGGCCGUGCCAUCGCCGUCUUCUGGAUCAUUUUCAACCUGGGAGGUGGAGUGGGCAGUCUGGCCUCUUUCGGGCUCAACUUCCACUCCCAAUCCGGAACCGUCUCAGAUUCGACGUACAUCGCUUUGAUGAUCGUCAUGCUCGUUAGCUGGGGCCUGGGUAUCUUCAUCUGCUCGCCCAAACGUAUUCGUCUGGCCCAACUCCACGCCGCUGUCGAGAAGGAAAAGCACUCGUGGAGAGGAACUGUUGAGAUCGCCGUGCGCACCAUGGCCAGUUGGCGCGUCUUUUGCAUGCUCCCUCUAUUCUUCUGCGCCAACGUCUUCUACUCGUACCAGCAAAACCAAGUCAACGGCAUGACGUUCAACAUUCGUACCCGUUCGUUGAAUAGCGCUCUGUACUGGAUUGCACAGAUGUUGGGUGGCCUGCUUAUCGGGAUCAUUCUUGACUUACCCUUCCUCCAUCGUCCCAUGCGAGCUCGUGUGGGUUGGCUUGUGCUCUUUGUCACCGGCAUGUCCAUCUGGGGCGGUGGGGUUCGAUAUCCACGGGGCCGAUUUUCCAACUCCACGUCUCGGGCCGCCAUCUUGGUGGGUGCAUACAAGACCUUCCAGGCCACGGGCGGGGCGAUGGCGUGGAGAAUCAAUGCUCAGCAUAAGAGUCCCAUGACUCAGCUGGGGAUGAAUUGGGGCUUGUCCAUCGGUGCAUUGAUGAUCGUCCUUCCCACGGUGUGGACCGUUACAUCGGCGACGAUUGAGAAGCUUAUUCGGGACCAAGAGUUGGAAAUGAAAAUUCGAGAGGUCGAAGGCGAGACGGUGACGAAAUAA